AUGGCUCUUGGACUGGUCUUGGUGCUGUUCCGAAGCUUGUGCGCCGAUAUUCAAGAGAGAAAAGUGCAAGGAGUUGUGGGUGGUAGUGUUGAACUCAGCUGCAUUUACCCUGAAGGAAGUAAUUUUGAUUUAAAUGACUUUUAUGUGUAUUGGCAAACGAGUAUGCCCAAGACUGUGGUGACCUACUAUCUUCCUGGGAAUACAUCCCAGGACUACCAAGAUAGCCACUACCAGCACCGGGCCCAGCUGUCACUGGACAGCAUGAAGCAGGGCGACUUCUCUCUGCAUUUGCACAACAUCACCCCCAAAGAUGAGCAGACGUUUCACUGUCUUGUGUUAAGGAAGUCCUUAUCCUUAAAAGAAGUUUUGCAAGUUGUGGUCACACUACACGUGGCAGCCAACUAUAGCAUGCCUGUGGUCAGCACCCCCACUCAUCCCAAUCUGAACCAACUGGUCACCUUCAAGUGCACAUCCACAAAUGGCUAUCCGAGUCCCAGAGUGUACUGGAUCAACCAGACGGACAACAGCCUGCUAGACACAGCAUUGCAGAACAGCACAGUGGUCUUGAAUGAGCGUGGUUUGUACGACGUGGUCAGCACCCUGAGGGUCCCAUGGACCCCCAACAUGAAUGUCCAGUGCUGCAUCGAGAAUGUGCUGCUGCACCAAAACCUGACUGUCAGCAGUCAGAUCGGUGCCCAGAGUGUCAGCCCGGAGCUUGAGCUUACUGAAUCCCAGGUGGACCGAGAGCUUAUUCAGGGGUGGUGUUAUACCAAUGGCCUGUCAAUGCUGAUGGUCAUAGGAGGCCUGUACUCCUCAGACCCACGCAUGGACCAGAACUGA